AUGAUUGUGAAUGCUGAGAAGCGUACCAUCGACUUCAGCAACAACCCAACAGGUAAGCUGGAUGGCGAGAUCCUAACAAAUCUUCGCGAUGCACUUAAUCACAAUGACAGCUUCUGCAGGCUCGUGUUCAACAACAACCAGCUGGCGGAAGAUGCGAUUGGGAUUUUGGCCGCCAUUCUCAAGGGACGCACUCCCAUUGAGCACCUCUCCCUCACCUCCUGUAACCUUCAUGACGUGGACGUCAUGCUCAUCGCCAACGCUGUGUGUGCCAGGAAGGUGCUCAAGUACCUCGACCUCUCAAAGAACCCAGGCAUCACCAGCGCAUCGGUGCCGGAUAUUGCAAGAAUGAUACGCAUUAUUCCUUCACUGCAGACAGUUAUGUUGAGUGGGACGAGUCUUGAGGGUCGCAGUUGCGCCAAGAUCCUCGAUGCGCUGGAGCGGAGCCAGCGCCUCAGCGUUCUUGAGCUUCCCUACACAGUAGGCUUCAAGAUCCUCGACAGCGCGCGCAACAUCAUUGAAAAAAGAGAGAAGGAACGCCCUGCUGCAGCAGAUAAGAACGUUCUGGCGGAGGACAAAGUACCAGUGAGACGCGUGCUUAUCGGCAGUUUAGCGGAAAAUGCCACUGACCCUUGGAGGAGGCGGUUGUUGCCGCGCUUAGUCCCGCCGCAGGGAGACCAAACGUCCAGAGGGUCACUGGCACCCAGUGCGAGGCCGCAAAACCCCGCGAACAGUCUACAGAUGAUGGAGUUCCGCCACUGGGCGGACCCAGCGGUGAAGAACGCCGCGGUGCAUCUUCACGUGCUUGACAAGCGCUGCCAUCUCCUGGAGGUGCACAAACAAGAACGGCGCGAGCGGAUCCAGGCAAGGUGCGGUCUUGGUGAACGGGCGGCCAACACUAGCUUAAGUACAAUACACAGGUUGUGA